AAUCUGUGUGGUUUUAACCGUUGGCCGCUUGCUGCCAUAGCUCGCGGUGUAUGAGGAACUUAACGUGUGUGUGCUGACUUCUUCCCAUAAAAACGGAAUAAACUAUCACAGAAACAUGGAUUUUGACUCCAUGAAAUAUGCAGAGUUGAGGACCAUCGCUAAGGAGAUCGGCCUGAAAGCGAAUAUGAAGGCCGAUAAACUCCUGAAAUCGAUCAAGCAGCAUUAUGAAAAAGAAAAGAUCAACCAGGAGGAAGAGCAGGGACAAGAGAAAUGUAUUACUGCUGUUCCUGAAGAUGAAACUGUGACACAAGACAGCGUUGAGGAAAAUAAAGACUCUCCUCACAAGGAAGGCGUUUCCAGCCCCACUGUGUUUGUGAACAUGCGUCGAGGCAGAAAAAACGCUCCCAAGAGAAAGAUCUCUGAUACUGCGACAGCGACUGACAGUGAUGCCAAGUUGCCUCCAAGUGCUGCAGAGGGUGACACAUCCAGCACCCCUGGCAAUAAGAGGAGAAGGGUUUCCUCUGACCAAAGUGAAACUAAACCUCCCGAGCAGCACCAGGACAUUAAGGAUGAAGCACCUGUUCAUGGUGAUACAGAAAAAGCACCCAAAGAGGCCAAAGCUGGUAAAAUCCCUCGGCUGAAGAAAAAGCCAGCAUUGAAGACUGUCACCCCCAAUUUCAAAAAACUCCACGAGGCACACUUUAACAAGAUGGAGUCAAUUGACUCUUACCACCAGAGAAAGACCAAGCAGAAGGAGAAUUCAGUUAAAAAACUGAAGAAUCCUUCGGACAAAACUAAACUGCCGCAAGUUGAUGCCAAAACACAAGUGAAGGCAAGCCAGAGUCGCACUUCAAUGUUCAGCCCUGUCCCGGUGAAUAAGAGACCAGCUGAGGACAAACGCAGACACACUGUGGUCUCAGCCAUCAAGGCUCCUCCAAAGAAACCUGCUGGGAAGGCAGAAGCUCCAUUCAGACCGUCUGUCCUUUCCACUCGCAGGGUCAAUGUUCGGUUUUCAGAAGCCACUCAUGACAACGAGUACAAGAAGUCCCUCGUUAAGACGCCGGCACGCAUGUCACCCUGUGUGGCCUCGAGCACCCCACAAACGCAGACUGGUGUUGAAGGAAAGCCCAAAAGUAGCAGGACUUCCAUCUUCUCUGCCACAAAAAUUCCAGGACCAUUCGUUUUCACCGGCAACACAAGUACCUCAACAACACCUGGUACACAGAAGAAGUCUGCAUUUGACCUGAAGGCCAGUCUGUCACGCCCCCUCGCCUACAAGCCCCAUUCAGGUAAACUGAAGCCAUUUGGAGAAACCAAAGAAAACACUGCGCAAAACAAGUCGCUUAUUAUAAACUCUCAUCAGAAGAACUACAAACAGCACCAGGUUCAGACAAGAGGGGAAAGGAGAGUAAAACACAUGGAAGACCGGAAGCAGAAGAAAGAGAGUGUCCUUGGGGCAAGAAGAGGCCUUGUCAUGAUGUAAAAUAUCAUGUUUGAUUGUAGACGUUUGUACAGCCUGUUCUUCCAAUGUAAAUAUUUUGUUGUCUGCCGGCGAUUCUUUCAUUCCUGCAGUCUCUUUUUAGCCUACUGUUAGAAAGCUCACAUUUUCUGCUUCUAUCCAACCUACUCUGCAGUGUUUUUAGAUCUGACUCAUUGUGUAGUUUACAGCAUUGAAUGAUGAUUUUAUGCAUUUUUAUAUGUAGAAAAUGUAUCCGUUUUACUGCAUUUAGCUGGUACUUUUGCUGUUAAAAAUGUGCUUUGUUUUUACUUAUUUGGGAAAGACUGAUAAAAAUACAGAUACAAGAUGCCCUUGUCUACAUUCUCAAUUUUAUAUUAAAAUUGCUCUUGCAGUUUUCCAA